GGAGGGGAGUGGGAGGGAGGGCGAUUGAUGAAGGGCAAGGAAUCGAGGGAAGAGGAGUGGGUGGGCUGGAAACCCACCCACCCCCGGAGAGCAAAGCCCAGGAAGUGCCCUUUGGGUGUUUGGCUCCUUUCCUAUAGGGGAAAAUCUUUGUCAGGAGCUCAAAAACUCCCUUUUCCUUUUACUUCAGGCACAGAAGCAAGUUUUGUCAUUUCAGAACUCAGUGGCCCCACCCAUUACAGCUAUUCCUGCUGCAAGGAUCAUUCUGUGGAUAAAACAACUUUGGCCUUCUUGGAGGCUGCCUUCAGAGCACAGAAUUGGAGAUGGAAAUGCAAGACUCUGGUGGCCCAGAGACCAUCAAGGCUGGGAAUGGUGAGGAAUUGUGGGAAAGGGCUCUGCAGGAAAUCCUGCACAAGGACACGCUCCCUUCAGAUGUACAACGCCAGCACUUCAGGCAGUUUCGCUACCAGGAGGUUGAGGGGCCCCGGAAGGUUUGCACCCGACUCCACCACCUUUGCUGUCAGUGGCUCAAACCAGAGCAACACACAAAAAACCAGAUCAUGGACUUCAUGAUCCUAGAGCAGUUUCUGACCAUUUUGCCCCCGGAGAUGGAGAGCUGGGUGAGAGAAUGUGGAGCAGAGACCAGUUCGCAGGCAGUGGCCCUGGCAGAAGGUUUCCUCCUGAGCCAGGCAGAGGCCAAGAAGCAGGAAGAGCAGCAGGUGCAGGGACAGAGAACAGAAGUGACUACUGUUUUUUCUGAGGCAGAGAAGACUCUAUCAAAUGCCAGACCGAAGCUGCUGCAUGGGGGGACCAUCCAGGAAGCUCAUGCAGAUUCCAUCUCACUGGGUCAUGGAACACCACUGGGGGUGCUGACAAGGUUAUGGCUCCCGUUUGUGGAUGGAGAAACAGCUUCUACACAACCAGAUCAGGAUGCCGUUUCUUUUAAGGAGGUGGCUGUGCAUUUCACUGAGGAGGAGUGGGCCCUUCUGGAUGCGGACCAAAGAGCCCUGCACAGAGCAGUCAUGGAGGAGAAUAGGCAGAAUGUGGCCUCUCUGGCAGGUGAUGGGUGGAAAAGCAAGACUGAAGGAGAAGCAUGUGGAUCAUUAGUAGAAAGAAUGAGAAGUAAAAAGGAAGGCCAACAGAGAAAAGCAACAAAAUUAAACCAGGAAAGGAAGCAUGAAUCUCCUUCUGUUCAUGCUGGUGACUGCCAAGAAACACCAAUCCAAGAAAAAAUAGAGACGGGAAAGCAAAGGAGGAAGCCGCUGUCAUGUGAUAAAAGCUUCGAUUAUAAAUCGUGGCUUAAAUGUCACUGGAGAAUGAAGAGAAGAGAGGUGCUUUUUAAGUGCUUGGAGUGUAGCAAGAGCUUCAGUCUGAAUUCGCAGCUUAUUAAACAUAAAAGAACUCACACAGGUGCAAAAUCAUAUAAAUGUCUGGAAUGCAGAAAGCAUUUCAGCUGCAACUUAGGGCUUAGGGGACAUGCAAGAAUUCACACAAGAGAGAAACCAGGGAAAUGCCUAGAAUGUGGAAAGAACUUCAUUUGUAGUGUAUACCUUAGUGACCAUCUCAGAGUUCAUACUGGAGAGAAAAGGUUUAAAUGUCUGGAGUGUGGAAAAAGCUUCAAUAAGAGCUCAGAUCUUAGGAGACACCAAAGAAUUCACACAGGAGAGAAACCAUUUAGAUGCUUGGAGUGUGGAAAGAGCUUCAGUCAGAACUCAAGCCUUAUUAAACAUCAAAGAAUACACACAGGAGAGAAACCAUUUAGAUGCUUGGAGUGUGGAAAGAGUUUCACUCGGAGCACAGAUCGUAAGAAUCACCAAAGUGUUCACACAGGAGAGAAACCAUGCAAAUGCUUGGAGUGUGGAAAGAGUUUCAGUCGGAGCUCACAUCUUAGAGAACAUCAAAGAAUUCAUACAGGGGAGAAACCAUUUAGAUGCUUGGAGUGUGGAAAGUGUUUCACUCGGAGCACAGAUCUUAAGAAUCACCAAAAAAUUCACACAGGAGAGAAACCAUGCAAAUGCUUGGAGUGUGGAAAGAGUUUCAGUCGGAGCUCGCAUCUUAGAGAACAUCAAAAAAUUCACACAGGGGAUAAACCAUUUAGAUGCUUGGAGUGUGGAAAGAGCUUCAUUCGGAGGGGAGAUUUUAAGAAACACCAAGGAAUUCACACAGGAGAGAAACCAUUUAAAUGCUUGGAGUGUGGAAAGAGUUUCAGUUGUAGCUCAGCUCUUAAGAAACACCAAAGAAUUCACACAGGAGAGAAACCAUUUAGAUGCUUGGAGUGUGGAAAGAGCUUCUGUUGGAGCUCAGAACUUAGGGAACAUCAAAGAAUUCACACAGGAGAGAAACCAUUUAAAUGCUUGGAGUGUGGAAAGAGCUUCAGUUGGAGGGGAGAUCUUAAGAAACACCAAGGAAUUCACACAGGAGAGAAACCAUUUAAAUGUCUGGAGUGUGGAAAGAGCUUCCUUUGGAGCUCAGCUCUUAGAUGUCAUCAAAGAAAUCACACAGGAGAAAAACUAUUGAGAUGCUUGGAGUGUGGAAAGAGCUUUAGUCGCAGCUCAAAUCUUACACGACACUGCAGAAUACACAAAGGAGAAACACUUUAUAAAUGCUUGAAGUGCGGAAAGAGCUUCAAAUGUAGCUCCCAUCUUACACAACAUGAAAGAAGUCACGUAUGAAAGGAUAUACAUGUUUGUAACAUAGAAAAAGUGUGAAUGAGACCUAGGCCUCUUGGUUCUGUAAAUGAAUUGUAUUAUUAUUGAACUGAUAUUCCCAAAUCUCUUGUUGUAAGUAAUCCCUUGUCUUAUUGAAUUGAUAUUCCAAAACUACUUCAUUUUUCUAAAUAGGAACAUAGAAAAAUAGGAAGCUGCCAUAUACCAAGUCAGACCAUUGAUCUAUCUAGCUCAGUAUUGUCUACACAGACUGGCAGCAGCUUCUCCAAGGGUGCAGGCAGGAAUCUCUCUCAGCCCUAUCUUGGAGGUGUCAGAGAGGGAACUUGGAACUUAGAUGCUCUUCCCAGAGUGGCUCCAUCUAAGAGGAAUACAUUACAGUGCUCACAUGUAGUCUCCCAUCCAAAUACACCAGGACGGACCCUGCUUAGCUAAGGAGACAAGUCAUGCUUGCUACCACAAGACCAGCUCUUCUCUCAAAUACAAAAUUGUGUGUUUAAUACGCUUGCAAAUUCCUAUGCAUGAAAAAAACUAGCAGAGUCAAAAGUUCAUGCCUGCUGUAUUAUGGUUUCACUUUGAGAAUGUCAAAGUGUGGUUUGGUUUUGGAGGGAAGAUAAAUUUUGAAAAAUGGAGGGAAUUUUGUGUUAUAGGGAUUGGAUUGUUUAAAAAACUGUUGGGAUAAUUCAUGUAUAUAUAGGAGGCUGCUUUAGCAGAGAGUUAAUCAGAGUUGGAAAGUCGGAGAGUCCUGGAAGAAGUCAGAGACAGAAUCAAGAAGGCAGAGUUGGCGCAAUGGAGUGCUGUGUAGAGCUCUGAUUCAGAAGAAGAAAAAUCAGUGUGGCUCAGUUUCUGAAGUUACAAACCAUAGCUGAAAACCACUACAGAGAAUAGGGAUGUGCACAAACCUAUUUUACGGGCCUCAGAACAGGUUCAAACAUGGGGCUGGUUCAAAGUUCAACGCUGGCGGGGGUGCCGCUUUAAGGGCAGGGGAGGGUGCACUUACCCCUCCUGCCGCUUUCCCCUCCAGCACUCAUUGCUGGUAAAAACCUUCAUAUGCUGGUAAAAACCAGCCUACCUUCCUGCCGCCCCUUCCCCCUCUUCAGCCAGAAGUACCGGGUGUGCGUGUCGUGUGCCUGCAGGCACAUCAGACGGGCGGGCGCACAUGCAAUGGACACACACGCACCCGCUACUUCUGGCCACCUCCGGCCAAGGAGAGGGAAGGGGCAACAGGGAGGUAUGCUGCCGCCCCAAAGGUUUUUACCGGCAACUAGCGCCGGUGGGGGGAAAGUGGUGGGGUAAGUGCACCCUUAAAGCGGCAUCCCCGCCAGCGUCCAACUGCCCCGCUGCGGUUCCGUGCACAUCCCUAACAGAGAAUAGAGACUCUCUGAAGGGCGCUAAUCACAGAACCAGUAGUCUGGAUUUCAUCCCAGACUGGUAAAAGUGACUAAGACCUGAAACUGCAGAAGGAACAAGCCAGGUAACUGCAGAGGACUCUGUGUGAGGGACCAUUUCAAGUUGGGUUAAUGAUUGAGUUUUCCCAACCAUUUCUUUUCUCCUUUAUGGUAUUUUGGUUAAUGUGUGGUAUUGUUGUUUUGUACUGAACUUGUGUAACAACUUUAAAUUGUAAACUGAUCUAAUUGCAAAGUUUAUCUUUAAAAGAAAUUUCUCCACCCCACACCUGUAGGCCUUACCACUCUAACAAGGUUUGUUUUGGGCAACAAAGGGUUUGAAAGACUGUUUUACUGCUAAACCCAGGCAAAAGCAUAGAAGUCUACUUGGUGGCAGUGGUUAAACUUGUAAUUUGGGGGGAGGUCUUUGUCUCGUGUUAGCAGCAGGUGGAUCCUCCACAUGUGGUGGCAAGCGGUGGGAUUCCUCCACGAAGUGCUUCCAUCUUGCUUCUCCUUCCAGAAGAUGGAGGAGAGGAGAGUGGUGCGGAGACUCUCUAGCCACCUCUCUCCUCUCCACCACUUCCAAAAGAAGAAGGGUGGAGCAGCUGUAGUUGCGUGGUGGGCAGCACCUGUACAGAGCACACUCCCGUGGAGUGGAGGCAAGGCAUGCUGUAGUGGGACAGGGAGGUAAGGGAGAGGAAGCGGGCACAGAGAUGGGGUAUGCCCAUGGCCGUGCCUGCUCCUCUGGUCACUGUCCAUGUCUAGCUUCAAAACAAAUGUAUAGCACGUAAAGUUCAGGUGAACCUAUGUUCUCAGAACACUUGGAAUUAUUCCAUUUUAAAAGGAGGAGGAGUCUUAGAAACUUAGUUGCUGGUAAUUUCACACUAAAAAGUCUGUUACGUAGCUGAAGUAUUGUUGAUGGAACUGCCUCGAGGGUGUUUGGUCAGCACCCCCAGUUCGGGCAAAUGUGUGGAAUUUAGCUCACAAGGAGAGACAGUUCCAAUCAGCCUUAAUUUGUGCAAGUGUAUGAACUCAAGAAAGUGGGCUUGAGAGAGAGAUUUUAAUUAACAAAAAGGAGUUUAUUGAAAGAAAAAUAAGAGCAAUAAACUAAGUUACUAGGUGGCCCUAACAUAAAAGCAAUGCAAAUAUGUUUAGAAACAGCCUAUUGUAAGGCUAUUGUAAGUGUAAAGUUCCAAAUUAUGUGUAAAAUCCCAGGUGGGCUAGAGAGAGGUACUUUAAGAUAGGGGACAAGGUUUAAGAAAUAAGAGAAAGGGAUAGAUUCAGCCCUGAAGGAGCCAGGUAAGAGGCUAUGUCACCUCUCCUGAAGAGGGGAACACCAAGGUGGUCUGCUAGAGUUCUUGUUGCAGUCUGAUGGGGUCCCGGGGGAGAGGCACAAGGGAACACUGAGAUGUUUCGCAGUGGGAGUCCCAGGUGUAAUGCAGGAGGAAGCACACUGAGUCAUGGGGUUAGGGAUACUUAUUUCCCAAAAUGGGGGCACUUUGCUGUUGUCAUGCUUUUCUGAAUAGGGGAGUCCAGACUGGCUUUUUCGGAAUUCAUUGUCAGUCAAUCAAUCAAUUUUGAUUACAGCCAUAGGCCAGACAGAAAACAUACAAGAAAGAUUAAAACAAGAUUAAAAACACAAUGUGCCAACAGUAAUAUAAUACAUAAUAAACAGGAUAAAACAAUAAGCUCCUAUGAAUUAGACCUUAAACAAGAUUUUAAUCUGAUAGCAACAUAAAAGAAUUUCGCCACCACCUUAGUAACCUCAUUAUUUUGAUCCUCAAGACAUACAGAAAACAUACAACAAAGAUUAAAACAAGAUUAAAAACACAAUGUGCCAACAGUAAUAUAAUAAACAGGAUAAAACAAUAAGCUCCUAUGAAUUAGAUCUUAAACAAGAUCUUAAUCUGAUAGCAACAUAAAAGAAUUUCGCCAUUAAAAAGUAUACAGUGUACUGUGCUUGAUUGGCCAGCAAACUCGCCUGACCUGACCCCAUAGAGAAUCUAUGGGGCAUUGCCAAGAGAAGGAUGAGAGACAUGAGACCAAACAGUGCAGAAUUGCUGGAGGCCGCUAAUGAAGCAUCCUGGUCUUCCAUAAUACCUCAUCAGUGCCACAGGCUGAUAGCAUCCAUGCCACGCCGCAUUGAGGCAGUAAUUGCUGCAAAAGGGGCCCAAACCAAGUACUGAAUACAUGCAUGCUUAUACUUUUCAGAGGUCCGAUAGUGUUCUAUUCUUCAAUCCUUGUCUUCUUGGUUCCAUGUAAUAUUCUAAUUUUCUGAGAUUGUGGAUUUGGGGUUUUCAUGAGCUGUACGCCAUGAUCAUCACAAUUAUAACAAAUUAAGGCUUGACUUAUCUCGCUUUGCAUGUAAUGCGUCUGUCUCAUAUAUCAGUUUCACCUUUUAAUUUGCAUUACUGAAAUUAAUGGACUUUUGCACGAUAUUCUAAUUUUCCGAGUUUCAUCUGUAUGUCUCCUCUGUGUAGGGUCCAGUGUCCAUCCAGUCCAGCAUCCUGUUUCACAAAGUGGCCCACCAGAUGCUUCUGAGAAGCUUACAGGCAAGAGGCCCUCUCUCUUGCUGUUGCCUCCCUGCAACUGGUACUCAGAGGCAUUGUAGAAAGAAGAGAAACUAGCUGGCCUUGGCGCAGACUCAGAGCAUCUGUGCCUCUAGUUCUGCUCCCUCUCUCAGUCCUCCCUCUUGGCUCUCCCCCCCCCCUGUUCUCAGCCCCUUGGCUGUCGCCACUUUCUCUCCCACCACUGCCAUUUCUUUCCACUCCCACCCACCAUUAUCUCCCUCCCCCGCCACUGCCGUUGCUGUUUUCUCCCCACACUGACAUUUCCCUCUCGGCCGCCACCGUUUUCUUUCCGCCACUGCCGUUUUCUUUCUGACCACAUGCCUGUCCACCACCACUUUCCUCCCCCUCUCCUGGUAACCUGCUUGCAAAUUCUCGCGAGAGCUAUCACGCAUGGGAUUAGCGACAGGUAUGUCUUAGAUAAUUAUCCUCUAUAAUAAAGACCCUGAGUGUGCGGCCGUGCUGCUCGUGUAUUUUUUGGCAGUUCUGAGCAUGCGCAGAGCGCAUGUUCAUACCGCCAAAAAAGAUACGGCCGCCCAGAUAUGGGCGGCCAUGUUGGAGGAGGAGAAGCGGCGGCCCAGGAGAAGCGGCUGCCACCAACGCCAGGAGGAGAGUGCGGGCGAGGCGGUGGCCGCGGCUGUGGCGGGGCGACUGGCCCUGAUGGCGGUGGCCGCCACAGCGGCGAGAGUGCGGGUGAGGCGGCGGCGGCCGCGCCAGGAGGAGAGUGCGGGCGAGGCGGCGGCGGCAGAGCCUCGGCCAGAGGUGGCGGUGGCCGCGGCGGGGCGACUGGCCUUGAUGGCGGCGGCCGCCACGGCGGCAAGAGUGCGGGUGAGGCGGCCGCGGCGGGGCAGGGCGGACUGGUGCUGAUGGCGGUGGUGGCCACCGUGGUGAGAGUUAGGCGUCGACAGCUGCGGCAGGGCAACUGGCCCCGAUGGCGGCCGUGACCACAGCAAGAGGUGGCGGUAGCCGCGGGGCGGACAGGGAAGGACUGGGCCCGCUGGCGGCCGCACUCGGGGGGCAGGGGCGCGCCCCCCACAUGAUUAAGGGGGCCAAAUUGGCCCAUGAAAUUGCCGCCGCGACUGCCGCCGCCGCCUGCCCUCCCUCCCUCCCAGAUGCCCGUGUCCUCCUUACCCAGAAAAAUGCAUAUUCAGAGAAAGAGAGAGUUUGGGAAGAGGCUUUGCAGAGAGAGGAGCUCUGCUCUGAUUAUGUUUAAAGAUCACCCAACUGACACAAGCCAGAGCAAAGGAUGGCGGAAAACAAAGAUAAAGAGAGAAAGAGACAAAGAGAGAGAGAGACAGACAGUCAGGUAAAAAUAAAAAUAAAAAACCGGGACACACACAAACACAAAGGAAAAGAGAUGAGGAACGCUUAAGGGGGGGGGGAGAAAGGGUGGAGGAAAACAAAAACAAAGAGAAAGAGACAAAGAGAGAGACACAGACAGUCAGGUGACAAAAAAGAAAAAAGAAAAGAAAAGAGAUGAAGAACUCAUAAGGGGGGGGGGAAGGCUAGCGCCCGUUAUUAUAACGGGCUUAAAAUUACUAGUAUAUGAUAAUUCAUAUCAGCCAUGAAACUAGCUGGGUGAUUCUGGGCCAGUCACUUCUCUCUCAGCCUAACCUACUUCACAGGGUUGUUGUGAGGAGAAACUUAAGUAUGUAGUACACCGCUCUAGGCUCCUCAGAGGAGGAGCAGGAUAUAACAAAUGGCAGAUAUCCACAGUUUAGGCUCGCUGUCGGCUUUUAAGAGAGUCCUAAAAAGGUAUUUGUUUGGCCUGGCCUUCCAAGGCUUGUAAAGUGUUGUUGUUGUUGUUGUUUAAGAAGUAUUUUAAUUGGUUUUAAAUGGUUUUAAUUGUUUUUAUAUUGCUUUUAGCACUGUGUUUUUUUAUAUCUUUUAAAAAGUUGUUGUACACCACUGAGAGCCUCUGGAUGGGGCAGUUUAUAAAUGUAAUAAAUAAAUAAUAAGAGGCCUGAAA